CACACACCCAGAGAAGGAGUGGGGUGGGGGGUGGUAACAGGGUAUGCUGGGGGUGGAGGAUUUGGUGGGGGCUGGGAGGUGGGGGAGGGGCCCAGAAAACCUUCCUGAUUCUGGAGAGAGGCUUGCAGAGCAGGCCCUGCAGGGGCCAUCCCAUCCCUUCUCCUGCCUCCCUCCUCCAGAGCAAAUCCUUGGUGCCUGGAGGGCUCUAAAGGAGGAGUUGCUGUCCCGUGCUCCUUCACAAUUUACCCUGUGCACGGAAGUCCUCCAGAGCUCUAACCUCUCCCUGACCCCUGCAGUAUCUCCCUUUGUUCAGUCUUCAGUGGAAAUGGAGAAAUUCCUAGUUCCACUCUCCAUGUUCUUGUCUGGUGAGAGGACUUGGAAAUUACUCCUGCAGGUUGAUUUUCUUAACCAGGGUGGGGAGUAUUAUAGGAACUGGAGAAAGAGGAGAAGGACUUAGUAUUUAGUGUCUGAAAAUAUUUCGCUCUUGAGGACUCUGACAGCUGGAACCACACCUGGUUGCCCCACUCAUCUGACGGUGGGGCAGUAGUUCCAGUGACCAGAAAAAUUAAACCUCAAUUUACAUUCUGAGGGUGAGGCUAGAGGUACCCUCAGGAAAGGUACUGGACUGGGAGUCAGGAGACCUGGAUUUGAGGACUAGCCCUGCCCUGCCACUUACUAGCUGGGCGACCUUGGACAAGCCACUAGUCCCCUCUGGACCUCAACUUCCUUAUCUGUAAAACAACGGGGUGGGCCAGGCGAUGUCUAAUCAGGUUCCGGUCAGCUCCAGGCUCCAGCAUGUGGAGAUCCUGUGUGUGGCAUCAUUUAGCGCCGAGAAGUGCAGAAGUCACAGUUGCUCCUGCCCCUUCUCACCCUGGAUCCUCACCCAGGUGUCGCAUCAUGCCAGUCAGUCUGGCCGACUCCACCAGUUAGGUAUUCCCGGCCUCGGACCAAACCUAAGCCCCACCUCAACUGAUACUCCUUUCCCAGGGCCCCACCCCCGCCCCCCAAAUCUCUGAAUCUGAGAGCAGCUGGUGAGGAGGGAGGGUAACAGUCACACAAAUCCUCCAGCCAAUCUGCCCCCAGCUUUAUCACCCGCCAAUCUGGGAUUAUCCCAUCGGAGGCUCAAUCUCCUUAGGCAUGUGUGUGCGGGUGCGCAUGCGCAAGCAAAGCGUGUCGUGGGGGCAGAUGCUCAGGGUGCAUGGGCUUUCACCUCCUUCUCUCCUGUGCUCUAGCCAAAGCACUCAGGAAAUUCCCUCACAGGCACCUCCGCAGCCAGGCACCCACCCCUACACCCACGCCAAAAGAAGCAGAAUCAGAACCAGGGUUGGGGGAUUCUUACGCUUGGCGCUAGCCCCCUUCCCAGCAGGCCUGGGGAUUUGCUGUUCUAGAUGGAGAUGGGAACCUGGGACCCAGAGAGAAAGGAUGCAGUUCCCUCCUGGCAUAGGCUCCCAGGCACAAAAAUAGCAUCUCGAGAAAUACCCACGGCUGAUGUGGAUUCGCACAAAGAGACACACAAGUGUACAGACCACAGCAAGGACCGUGCUGACGGGGCUCUGAGAUAGGGAGACAACAGAAAAAGACAAACAGCAAUGGAGAUGAAAACUGUUGAUUUGUGAGGGGCCUCCACAGAGAAAAGCAGGGAAGGAAGAGAUGGGUGAGCAGCAGCAUUCUCCACUUCCCAUGUUGGAGAAGGAGUAGAGGCCAGGACAGAUGUGUCUCUGGCACCCAGACCCUGCUGAGCAAAUGUUUGCUGAAGGUAACAAGAAAUGCAUGCAUCUACAGCAAGAAAGAUGGAUGCUACAGAGAGAGAGGGGGACUUCCUGGUGAUGAGAGGAGGUGGAAAAUAUGCUCAGUGUCAGGAGGGUGAGUGAAGACAUCUGCAGCAGAAUUUAUGAGAGUGCACAAAGAAUUGAUUCUAUAACCUUCCUGCCCUCAAGUGGCUUCCACCUCAAGUGGAAGAUUCAGACUCGGAUUGCUAACGAAAAGUACCUAAGGACCCACAAAGAAGUAGAGUGGCUCAUAAGUGGUUUCUUCAGAGAAAUAUUUUUGAAAAGACCAGACAACAUCCUAGAAUUUGCUGCAGACUACUUCACGGAUCCAAGACUUCCCAACAAGAUUCACAUACAGCUAAUUAAAGACAAGAAAGCGGCUUAAUUAGCAAAAUCAUGAUGCUCAGCUGUUGGGAGAGACCAGACGGAAUCCAGCCUCGGGGGUCAUCUGGAGGCAUGAGAGCCCUACUGCCAUCAGUGUGGGUUUCCAAGCUGCCUUGGGCUCUGUCUACUGUCGCAAAAGCUUUUAAAGAUAUUCAUUAAACACGGACCUUCCUGCUC